AAAUUACUCGCCUGGUAACAUUGACUGACAGCAACUGUCAACUGAGUUUAAUCAAUAGUAUUGCAGUUGUUAACCUAAAACUUGUGUAAAACCAAAACAAACGGAAAACUUCUGGCUCAAACGGACAGAAAGUACAUAACGUAUCGUGAAUUUACUUGUUCGUCUUGCUUCUGACGCUUCCUUAUCACAUUGGCCAGCUGCUGCGUGUACCCUGCCUGCAGGCUUGCUAUUGUUACGAUCCAUAUCUGAUCUGUUGGUAAACACAAAGGCCGUUAAGAUGUUUAACCAGCUGGGCGGAGGCCCGAGCAACCCCAACAAGGACCUGGAGGUGACGUCUCCACCGGACGACACGGUGUCGGCGCUGGAGUUCUCUCCGCCGUCGCUGCCGCAGACGUUCCUCGUGUCCGGCAGUUGGGACUGUCGUGUGCGCUGCUGGGAGGUGGAGGCGUCGGGCAAAACAGUACCCAAGGCAGUGCAGACCAUGGACGGCCCCAUAUUAGAUGUAGCAUGGCAUGAUGAUGGAAGUAAAAUCUUCAUGGCAUCAACUGAUAAGAGUGUCAAGUGCUGGGACCUGGCUUCUAAUCAGUCAAUGCAGGUGGCUGCGCACGAAGCGCCCGUCAAGACGUGCCACUGGAUCAAGGCGCCCAACUACACCUGCCUCAUGACGGCCUCGUGGGACAAGACGCUCAAGUUUUGGGACACCAGAAGCGCCGUGCCCAUAAUGAAUAUGAACUUGUCGGAACGCUGCUACUGCGCGGACGUGGACUACCCCAUGGCCGUGGUGGGCACGGCGGACCGCGGCAUCUGCCUCUACACGCUGGAGGGCAAGCCGGGCGAGUUCAAGCGCGUCGAGUCGCCGCUCAAGCACCAGCACCGCUGCAUCGCCAUUUUCCGCGACAAGAAGACCAAGCAGCCGACGGGCUUCGCGCUGGGCAGCGUGGAGGGCCGCGUGGCCAUCCAGUACGUGAACCCCACCAACCCCAAGGACAACUUCACGUUCAAGUGCCACCGGCCGCCCGCCAACACGUCGGGCUACCAGGACAUCUACGCCGUGAACGACAUCGCGUUCCACCCGGCGCACGGCACGCUGGCCACGGUGGGCUCGGACGGCUCCUUCUCCUUCUGGGACAAGGACGCGCGCACAAGGCUCAAGUCCUCCGAGAUGCUGGACCAGCCGCUCACCAAGUGCGCUUUCAACCACAACGGCCAGAUCUUCGCCUACGCCGUCGGCUACGACUGGUCCAAGGGGCACGAGCACUUCAACCCGGCCAAGAAGAACUACAUCUACCUGCGCGCCUGCUACGAGGACCUCAAGCCGCGCUCCACGUGAGCACACCGCGCACACCGCGCACGCUGCACCGCGCGUCCUACUCCUAUACUUGUUAUUCGUAUUACAACAUUCAUCUCAA